GUUGUAUUGUUGUACCGGUAGAUGGCGAAAGAAAGCGGUUGACAGCUUCAGCUGCUGAAACGCUGUCAGUUAAUGUCUGAGAUGAUGAUGUGAUCAUGUGUUGACCGCGUAUUUUAGUUUCCCCUCACAAUAGGAGCAUCAUCAGACGACAACACAACAUAUAUAUAUCAUAUACACACACAUAGAGAUCUAUAUCAAUGGAUUUCGAUUGCUGGCUUCAGAUUCUCUCUAAUUCCAGAGAUCUUUAAAUAGCCAAGAUGGAUUUGACCAAGGUAUUGUUUCCAUGGCUUGAUUGAAGCUUUGGAAACAUGUAAGUACUGCCCUAUGCAACUAACAUAUGUGUGGAAAAAAGCUGACCUCAUUAUCAAGGCUAAUGGAGCAUAAAAGAGUCCACACAGGUGAACGCCCUUAUGUUUGCCAGGUAUGUCAGAAAAGGUUCACACAGAAAGCUCAUCUGGUCAUCCAUAAGCGCACACACACAGGAGAGAAACCAUAUGCCUGUCAUAUUUGCCAUAAGCGAUUUGCACAGUCCUCCCAUCUGAAUAACCACAAGCGGAUCCACACCGGAGAGAAACCUUACUUUUGUAAUGUAUGUAACUUAGGCUUUAGUCGCAAACAGAGACUGGAGUUACAUGUACUGCAACAUGCACAGCAAAAGAGCACAAACAGUCAACAGAUAAAUAAUAAUGAUGAUGUGAACAGUACGAAUAGUAAUGAUAACAAAUCUGUUGCAUUUACAUCAGAAGCUGAAGCUGCAUACCAGCGCCCUCUAUUAGAUUCUACACAAUCGCAGGCUCAAAUAUCUGCAGGUAUUGGCGAUGCUGGAAUGCAGACUAUGAACUUUUCACACCGACGUAAGCCAGCAUUUGUCACCCGUGUGAGUAACGAAGAAUAUGAAAUUAUGCAAAACAAUUUUGAAUCUCAAACAGCUCCAGACCAAGAGGAUGGAGGUUUCUCUUUGUCAAGUCUAACUUCAGCUCAUCAUUCCUCGUUAAUGAAGUCAGAACCAAAAGACUUUGAUGAAUUUGAAGCAAUUACUCAUGAACUAGAAGCAAUUGCUCAUCCAAAUAUUAAUCAAGUUAUGAGCUCAGAAAAUUUAAUGGUGCGCCAGGUGGAUCCCCUUGAUCAAGAUGAGAACGACCAACCCAAAUCUCUAGAAGAUUCUCUAGUCAUACACCUGGAUGGCACAACUCAUUCAGAAGUACUCCGUGAUGUGCAUUCCAGUACUGAGCCUGAUGUUGGUGUUAUGUGUGCAGUGAGCACAACAGACAUGCACCAUGCUCAAGCGGGAGAUGAUGGCGAUAGCAUAACAAGUGAAAGCAACAAUUCAAACUGUGAGCAAAGCAUAACAAGCCGUGCUCCGAAAAGAUCAAUUCUUGGUCACCAUUCAGUUAAAACAUCUAAGUCACUCAAUUCGCAAACACAUCUUAACAGACACCGAUCAUUACUUCCCAACAGAACUACAUCAGUGUCGACAAGUUCUUCAUCUUAUGCACGGAUUAACAGCCGAGUGUGUCUGGUGGACUUCUCCACUGAAGAACUCAUCACUCACCUCAUGUCUCGUGAUGAUGUCUAUCGGUGCGACUUCUGCUGUUUGCUAUUCCAAGAUGCAGCAAUGUAUCAUCUUCAUCGAAGCAUGCAUGACAAAAUGGACUGUCGUUGUUGUAAUAUCUGUGGCAAGCUUUCUAAAGACAAGCAUGACUUCAUUGCACAUUUCCUUACUGAACAUAAGUAAGAGAUCAUUUCUGUCAAUCAUUUCAUCAAGAAUGGCAUCAUCAAUCAUGUUCAGAAUCAUUUGUAUCUGUAUAUUCAUGUUUCCAAUAGUUUUCCAAAUCUAAAUACAGGAUUUCCAAAAUUAAAACGAUACUUUUUUUUUUUUUUAAUAUGCUCUCUCUCUCUCUCUCUCUCUCUCUCUCUCUCUCUCUCUCUCUCUCUCUCUCUCUCUCUCUCUCUCUCUCUCAUUUCAAACCUAAUAGAAAUUUGUUUGAUUUUUCAAUGUCUGUAUAUGUAAGGUCGUUUAUCUUUAUGCAGUCUUCUGUAUGUAUUAUACAUGUCUGUUUUCUCCUCAUACAGGGGAUGAAAUAACGGAGUGGAUGAGGGAUAUCAGCUCUUGGGUGAUAAGUUUUGUAUAAUACACAGGCCUUGUUAUUAAUGAUAGACAAGUGUUGUAUCCAAGGAGAAAUUUGUUUCUUGUGUGCUAGGAAAUCAGGGUUAAACACUCCCUAUGAAUAGUGUUUAAGAAGGGAAUAAAGUGACUGAUAUGACAUACACUGUCUAAAUAAAUAUGUUUGCAUUUAUAACAACUUAUUGUCUGAGAGCAGAUGAUUUUGAAAAUGAUAAAUCAGAGAAUUAUCCAUCAUAGAUCUUAAGUUUAGUUAUCAUAAAAUGGGAACAAACAGAGAAUUUUUCGUUUUGGUAUAUAUUUUUAUAUAUUCAUAUGUUCAUGAACAUACAUACACACACAAUCUAAUUCACACAAACACACAAACACAUACACUUCACGUUUAAAAAUUACAAAUGUCAGUGACUCACCUCAAUUUAGUUUCUCACUAAAUACCUUACAUUUAUUCUUGUUUAAGUGCUUCAACGUUUUUACCGUUUUUUGUUGUUGUUGAUACAAAGGAAGAUAAUGCAAAAAUUCUUUUCAAAAAUUUUGUGAUUUUUCUUCUUUUCCAACUGAAAAUUGUUAGCUAAUGAAAACAUGAAACUUUCUAGUCUGUGGUAUCAGCCAGAGAAUCCACCUUCCAAAAUUUUAAGACCCAAAAGAGUUGACUGCCUCAGUUAAAAAUGAUUCCAGUUGUGACUCCUAGGAACUCGCACCACUGUCCUGGGAAUUCACUGUGACUCAUAUUGUUUUAUACACCAGUUAUAUUGUUGGUAACUUUUCAGUCAUAAUUAUCGAAACAAAUAAUUUAUUUUGAGGUAAUGCAACCACUUGCUGUGUUACAAAGCAAACACGAAUGUAUUUUUUUAAAUAUAAAUUUUAAUGUCACAAGAUAUUCUAGCACAUUCAAGUUGUCUUGUUUGUGGACAAGCUAUUUUCUUCUGAAGGUGGCAGGGUAUUUUUUUCAAAUUAUGAAAGCAUAAGAAUAGGGAUAAAUAUUUACUUAUAUUCCUUACAUUAUACUGCAUGAUACAUAAAUUAAUUGUUUCACAUUUUGUGAUCAGGGUGUUCCUCAAUAACUGACCAACCAUAUUAACUCCAUAUACAGAGAGCAGUGAUGUUCAUGCUUUUCUCAUAGGCAUACAUAGAGUAAAUCAAAUAACCACAGCUAAGAAUCAAACAUGGAUCGUAUUCUUGGUUUUACCAAGAGCUAACUACUUAUGCUACCUGUGCUAUACCAUGUGGCAUAUAAAUGUAUACUGAGUACAUUACUCUUUGUUUCUCACAAAAGCUACAUGGUAACUGACCUCAGCUCUAAUCCCUUUGCUUGUUCCUUUUUACCCCAGAACAUCAGCCCUUUGGAAUCCCCUAUCCACUCAUAUUUUUUCCUGCAGUUAUUGACUUAGAGAUAUUCAAGCUUAACAUUAAUUGCCCCAAUUUCACCGGUGUCAGAGAGCCUGCAAAGGUCUUUGGCCCAUCCCUUACUCUUAAUUAAAUCAUUAGAAAGAGAAAAAUGGUAAUAUGGGGGGUUUUGUUCCCUACAAAAACGAAUCUUCUCCAUGCCAUUUGUAAAGGGAAUGAAGGAUAGAUCCAUUGACAUUUUAACUCGCAGCCAAGAGCAGCGAAGCUUCCAUCAUCAUGUAUUCUUUUAAUACAUCUCUACCUUUUCCUGCAGAGAAUACAUUCAUCUGCACCAUUUGUCAGGGUCAGGGGCCUUCAUGUUUUUACUAUUUACUGGGAGUAUGUUGAUUUGGUACAUGUAUGUAAAUCCAUAUAGAAAAAUAUAUAGACGUGUAACACGAUAAUGUUUACACAUGCAAUAGUAAGUGCAUUGUGGUUGGUUGCAAUAAAAGCAGAAUCUUCAACUAAUCACUGACCUGUGUUAUCCAUAGAUCAAUUCAUGAUAACCAUAACAUGAUUCACAAUUGAAAAUACUGUGCUCUCCCAGAUCAAUAAUGCAUGCAUCAGUGAUAAACAAGGCUAUACGUACCAAUAUUAGAUAUGGCCAAUUCAUUGCUUAUUUGACCUUUGAAAAUUAUUUUGGUCAUAACCCUUUAUAAGCAGGAAAUAAUGGUUGUUGUAAAUAUUGGUGUCGUCAUCGUCAUCAUCAUUAUCAUCAUUUAAUGUCCAUUUUCCAUGCUGGCAUGGGUUGGACGGUUUGACUGAGGUCUAGUGAGCCAGUGGCUGCACCAAGCUCCAAUCUGACCUGACAAAGUUUCUACAGCUGGAUGCCCUUCCUAACGCCAACCACUCCAAAAGUGUAGUGGGUGCUUUUUAUGUGCCACUGGCACAGGAGCCAGUCAGGUGGGCCUGGCAUCGAUCACGUUUGGAUGGUGCUUUUUAUGUACCACCGGCACAAGAGCCAGUCAGUGGGUACUGGCAUUGGCCAUGAUCAGUUGGUGCUUUUUAUGUGCCAUUGGCACAGGAGCCAGUCAGGUGGACCUGGCUAUACAAAAUCUCAACUCCAGAAAGUAAUAGUUAUGAAGUUUUAAUAUAAGAGAGUAGGUAGGCAGAGAACUGGCAGAAUUGUUAGCACACUGGACAAAAUGCUUAGAGGCAUUGCAUCCGUCUUUAGAUUCUGGGUUCAAAUUCUACCAAGGUUGACUUUACCUUUCAUCUUUUUGGGGUCAAUAAAACUAAGUAUCAGUGGAGUACUGGGGCCAAUGUUAUCAACUUUCCCUCUUUCCUGAACUUACUGGUCUUUUGCCAAAAUUUGAAACCAAUAUUAGAAAGGCAGUGAGCUGACAGAAUCAUUAGCACACCAGGUAAAUCACUUAGCAGUAUUCUGUCUAUCUUUAUGUUCUGAGUUCAAAUUCUACUGAGGUUGACUCUGCCUUUCAUCCUUUCAGAGUUGAUGAAACAAAUACCUGUCAAGCACUGGGGUCAUUGUAAUCAACUUAACCCUGCCAACCCUGAAGUUGCUGGCCUUGUGCCAAUAUUAGAUAGUAGUAGCGGUUAUAAAGUUAGGAUACGGUGAUCUCUACUAUUUCCAUUCCAUGAAUUAUUUGCAUUCCUUGAUGUGAUGGGUAACGAAGGCAACAUAUUCUACUUCAUAUAUGAGGUACCUACUGCCGUCCAUGAAAUAUAGGUUGUCCAGCCAGUUUACAGGCUUGCAAGAACAUGAUGAUCUCCUCACAUUUAGGCAGUUGGCAUAAUUUUGGAGCAACUGUUUUUACAAAUGAAUACCAAAGCUACUGCUAACCAGUAGUAAAUUAAAGAUCCAAAGUUACUAAUCUGGCAAAUUGAAGUAUACAUGCUUUGCCCUAGAACAACACAUCAUCAUCAUCAUCAUAGUUUAGUGUCCAUUGUCCAUGCUGGCAUGGGUUGGAUGGUUUGACCAGGGCUGGUAAGCUGGAAGGCUGCACCAGAUCCCAGUCUGACUUGGCAUGAUUUCUAUGGCUGGAUGCCCUUCCUAAUGCCAACUACUCCAAGAGUUUAAUGAGUGCUUUUAUGUACCAUUUGUGUGACACCGAUAUCUACCAUGGCUGCGAUAUUUACUUGGCUUGAUGGGUCUUCUUCUCAAGCACAACAUAAUGCCAAAGGUCUCGGUUGUUGCCUCCGUGAGGCCCAACAUUCAGAAGGAGCUUUUCAUGUGCCACCAGCAUUGACCACUUUGCCUCCAUGAGGCACAAUGCUCGAAAGGUGCUUUUUACAAGCCACCGGCACAGGUGCCAGUUAUGUGAUAGUAGCAUCAGCGACGCCUACGAUUUCACAAUGAUUUGAUAAAAUCCAAUUGAUUUAAUAAAGUCUAAUUGAUGAAGAUGAACAAAUUCUAAGUUUUCUAUUUGAGCGAUGAAAUAUAAUUUUACAAAUUUACUAAACUUGUUUCUUUAUCCUUUGCUAAUAAUUUGAAGGCAUAGCUGUAUGGUUAAAAAGUCUGCUUCAUAAUCAUGUGGUUUCAAGUUCAAUUCCUCUGUAUGGCACCUUGGACAAUUGUCUUCUACUACAGCUAUAUAAUAUGUAUGUAUGCAUUGUUACCUGUAUGGUUUUAUAUUGGCACCUGUUGAGCAGUGAAGUGUGUUUAUGUCUUGCAUAAACAAAGUUUAGCACCUUGACCAUUUGAUACAGGAAAAUGUGGAGUUAAGUACUUUAGUUAAAAAAUUAUUGGAAGGGUAUCCAGACAUUAGCCUCAUACCAGCAUGGAAAAUAUGGAUGCAUAAAUGGUGAUGUUUAAUAUUUAAAAUUUGGUUAUCGAUGUAUAAUUGUAUGGAAGUCCUGUUUCAUUUUUAGUAAUUCAGGUGGGUUUUUUUCUUUAUUUUUAUUGGCUUGAGACACACAAGGCUUCUGAAGUUAAGAUGUUAAAGUUGGACUAGGUACCUAUAACUAUUUAGUUUGAUAUUUGAUACUCCUUUUGUUGAUGGAUUGAUAAAAUAAGUCUUAUUAAUUUUCUAGGGUCCAGUUAGUGAGCUGGCAGAAUCUUUAGCAGCAUUUCUUCUGACUCUUCAUGAUCUGAGUUCAUAUUCCACUGAGGUUGAUUUUGCCUUCUAUCCUUUCAAAUUUGAUAAAAGAAAGUACCAGUGAAGUACUGGGAUCAAUGUAAUUGACUAUCCCCUUCUUUCCAAAUUUCAAGCCUUGUACCUGUAGUAGAAAGGCUCGUUAUUAUUAUUGUUGUUAAGGGUGGCGAGCUGGCAGAAAUGUUAGCAUGCUGGGCAAAAUGCUUAGCAAUAUUUCGUCUGUCUUUACAUUCUGAGUUCAAAUUCCGCCAAGGUUGACUUUGCCUUUCAUCCAUUUGGGAUUCAAUAAAUUAAAUACCAGUUAUGUACUGGGGUCCAUCUAAUUGACUGGCCCCCUUCCCAAAAAUUUCGGGCUUUGUGCCUAAAGUAGAAAAGUUUAUUAUUGUUAUUAUCUGCCAAAUCAGACUGGAGCCUGGUGUUGCCAUCCGGUUUCACCAGUCCUCAGUCAAAUCGUCCAACCCAUGCUAGCAUGGAAAGCGGACGUUAAACGAUGAUGAUGAUGAUGAUGAUGAUUAAGGUGGCAAGCUGGCAAAAUUGUUAGCAUGCUAGAUAAAAAUGCUUAGCGGCAUUUCUUCCAGCUUUAUAUUCUGAGUUCAAAUUCCAUUGAGGUUGAUUUGCCCUUCAUUCUUUCAGGAUUAAUAACAAAGUACCAGCCAAAUACUGGAGGUCUAUGUAAUAAAGUAGACCACCCCCCCUUCAAAAUUGUAAUAAAGUAGCCCACUUCCCUUCAAAAUUGUUGGCAUUGUGCCAUAAUUAGAAAGUAUUUAUUAGCAGGGUUUAGCAAGUUAAAAGAGUAUUUAUCUCAGUCUCGGUUUUGAUAUUCUUAAAGGUUUCCAACUAAUCUUCUCCCUAAACAUUCCAACAAGAAAAAAGUGAACUCAAAUUUGCAGUGAUUGAUUCACUCUUUAACUCUUUAGCAUUUAAACCAACCACAUCACACCCAAAUAUUUUACCUAUUUUAAUGUUCAAACCAGCCAGAUCCAGCUUCUCACACUUACCCUACAAUGUCAUUCUAAAAAUAAUCACAUCGUCAAAAUUUUGAAGCUAUGAGAUAAUACACAAUUAAUUCCAAACUGUGAAUAAAUAAGUGUUACAUUUAACUGAGUAAUCAGAAUGCUAAGAGAAUUAUAACAGGUUUUUGAAUUUGAUAUAUUGUUCUUUAUAUUUAUUUGAAUGCUGCUGAUUUAUGUAUUCAAUGUCGGUACUGGCCAAGUUGUCUGAAUGAUUGCAAUUAGUUUUUAUUAUUAUGGCAGACUCGUUAGCAUGCAAAAUUCCUAGCGACUUUUAGUCUGUCUUUACAUUCUGAGUUCAAAUGCCACUGGGGUUGACUUUGCCUUUCAUCCUUUCGGGGUUGGUAAAGUAAGUACCAGUUAAGCACUGGGGUUGAAGAAAUUGGCUUACCCACUCCCCGACCCCUGAACUUGCUGGCCUUGUGCAAAAAUUUGAAAUUAUUAUUAUUAUUAUUAUUUUUUUAAGCAUUUGUUUUUCUUUGUAAAUUCCUUCAGAAGCUGAACUUUUUGUGACUCAUCUUACAUAAUUUAAUUGUUAUUAUUAUUAUUAUUAUUAUUAUUAAUAAAUUAUUAAGGCCCACUAUUUUUACCCCUUCAACCCAUCAAUUGCACUCCCCGUUUUGUGCUCCUUUUUCAGAACCACUGCAUUAAAAAGUGUCAACAAUUUCAUAUCUGAACUAUGACCACAGCCUUAUUGAUGAAUGAAUCACUGAUAUUGCAGAAACAUCUCUUACAAUGAUUUUUAAAGACUUUUUUUUUUUUUUCUAAAACCCAUUUUGUCAUUUCUCAAUAAUACUCUAAACAUAUUCGAUGCUAUCUUUCAUAGUUUGGUUCUGUUUUAUUGAACCACUUUCAAACUGUUGAAGAAGCAUUUUUUUUUUCUCUUUCUCUAUUCAUUUGGUGAGUAUUCUUAACGGGUACUUUUCAAAAACUAAAGAAACUCACCCCAUACUGACUGGAUGGACACACAAAACACCCAAGCUUUCUGUCUCACUUAAAUUCCAUUAAAUUCUAUAUUACUGUUA